CGAGGGUCGCGAGGCAGCGGCGGCGGCGGCCUGAGGGGAGGUCCCUGAGCGCGGCGCCAGCCUCUCCACCUGUCCAUGCGGCCGGAGUGAGCACCGGCGCAGGAUGGCCACGACCCGGCUGUUCCGCCUGGGGCUGGCCCUGGGCUCCGUGUUCAUGGUCCUCCUGAUCAUCGUGUACUGGGACCGCGUGGGCACCGCGCACUUCGCCCCGCACACGGCCUUCUCCAGGCCGCACACCCCGGGGCCCCGCCCCAGCCCCGGGCGGGCUGCCGCGGGGGAGCCGGCGCCCGGCGUGGGCCAGUUCCUGGAGGGCCUGCUCGGUGGCGCCGGCCUGAAGCAGGAUGCCCUGCCGGGCAGGAAGGCGGAGCCGUCCCCGCCGCCGGCCCCCAGCCGGCCCGAGGCGGGCAGCGUGGAGGAGAGUGUGAGGGGCUACGACUGGUCCAGCCGGGGCGCGCCGCAGGGCCCGGACGCCGACGGGCGGCAGGCCGCGCGCAGGGGCGUGCUGCGGGGCUUCUGCGCCAACGCCAGCCUCGCGUUCCCCGCCAAGGAGCGCUCCUUCGACGACAUCCCCAGCCGCGAGCUGAGCCACCUCAUCGUGGACGACCGGCACGGCGCCAUCUACUGCUACGUGCCCAAGGUGGCCUGCACCAACUGGAAGCGCGUGAUGAUCGUGCUCAGCGGCAGCCUGCGGCACCGCGGCGCGCCCUACCGCGACCCGCUGGACAUCCCGCGCGAGUUCGUGCACAACUCCAGCACCCACCUGACCCUCAACAAGUUCUGGCGCCGCUACGGCAAGCUCUCCCGCCACCUCAUGAAGGUCCGGCUGCAGAAGUACACCAAGUUCCUGUUUGUGCGCGACCCCUUCGUGCGCCUCAUCUCCGCCUUCCGCAGCAAGUUCGAGCUGCGGAACGAGGACUUCUACCGCCGCUUCGCCGUGCCCAUGCUGCGCGCCUAUGCCAACCUCACCAGCCUGCCGGCCUCCGUCGGCGAGGCCUUCCGCGCGGGCCUCCGGGUCACCUUCUCCCACUUCGUCCAGUACCUGCUGGACCCCCGCACCGAGCAGCUGGCGCCCUUCAACGAGCACUGGCGGCAGGUGCACCGGCUCUGCCACCCCUGCCAGAUCGAGUACGACUUCGUGGGCAAGCUGGAGACGCUGGACCAGGACGCCGCCCAGCUGCUGCGGCUGCUCAAGGUGGACGGGCAGCUGCACUUCCCGCCGAGCUACCGGAAUAGGACCGCCAGCAGCUGGGAGGAGGACUGGUUCGCCGAGAUCCCGCUGGCCUGGCGGCGGCAGCUGUACAAGCUCUACGAGGCCGACUUCGUGCUCUUCGGCUACCCCAAGCCCGAGCACCUGCUCCGGGGCUGAGGCGCGCGGCGGGCUCCGGCCCCGGACACCGCGGACCGGGCGCGUCGUGGCUCUCCGCGCGGUGACCGCUGCUGGGCCUCCACCGCGUCCCGAGGAGGGAGCUGGGGCCACCUCGCACCGGCGUCUGUGGCCUCCUGCCCCUCCCUGUGUGGCGUGUGGCAGACAGGCCCGCCGCGCCCCUGCCCCCACGGCCUGGACACGCGGGGACGGGCCUCGGCCACACUCCAGUCUGCCCAGCCCCCCGCGGGCGGUCUGGCAGCCAGCUUUGCUGCUCACCCGUCGCUUGUGCUCCCCGAGGACUGUGUCGAUACUGUUUUUUAAGAUUAAUAUAUUUCAGAUAUUUAAUGCGAGACGGGCGGAGGAAGCGACGGAGUAAAUCCUGCACCUGCUC